AUGGUAUUCGACGUCAAGCCCAAAACGGAGAAAUUCAAGGUUCAGAAUCUGCCAGGCGUACCAGAGCAUGUAUAUUUCACCGACUGCCUGGGGAGCCGUGAUGAACAAGUUCAGAAUCCUAUAGUUGGCUCGUGGUUCCGCAUCGAGCAAGGACCGCCGACGGCGCCCCCAAAAUACGAGUAUGACGAGGUCGGGAUCGUCAUUGAAGGUAUCAUUACUCUGCAGGAUGAAGACGAUGGCACAAAGAACACAGUCACAGCUGAAGAUGUGUUUGUGAUCCACAGAGUCAAGUCGAACGAGAGCACACCAGGUGUUGGGGCUACAUUACCUGCAUCCUGGUAUUCCACACGAGGAAUAUACGAGUGCGAACGUCGAGCAAUCUUUGCCCGGCGAUGGCUCCUUGUCUCCCACGAGCUUCGCUUCCAAGCACCAGGUGCUUAUGCGAAAUUCACAAUCGCGGGCUAUCCAUUUUUCAUCAUCCGUGACUGCAAGGGCAACCUGAAUGCGUUCUUGAACGUUUGUCGCCAUCGAGCGUUCCCGGUAGUGCUCCAAGACAGCGGCAAUGCAAGUAUUCUCGCCUGCAAAUAUCAUGGUUGGUCCUACGGUUUGAACGGCAACCUUGCCAAGGCACCCAAGUUCGCCGGGGUCGAGGGAUUUGACGAAUCUCAGCAUGGCCUGUUCCGCGUUCAUCUCAAGGUCGACGAAAGAAAGUUUGUCUGGGUGAACCUCGACUCGGCCAAAGUGCCUGAAGUCAGCUGGGAAGAAUCGUUCCAGCAUGUGGACCUUCAAGAGAGAUUAGGUGCCUUUGACAUGAAGCGUUAUCGCUACGAUCACAGUUGCGACCAAGAUUUUGAGGAGAUGGGCCGGUUCUUCAAGCAGGUCGAGCGCGAAGACAAGUAUUUGUGUACCCAUGCCCAAAGGAAUAUCAACGCCGGAGGUUAUGUAUCGGGACCAUUGCACCCUCACAAUGAGAAGGGUGUGCUACACUUCCAGUCGCUGAUCAAGACUUGCUUGGUCGAACAUAGGGAGAAGGAGAAAUCGUUGGGUCGAGAAAUCGCCCCGGCGAAAAGGUCACCCAAAAGCAGUGUUACUGAAGAGGAAGAAUUGUUUUACCGCAACGAGUUCCGGACGAUGGCUGUGUCACGGACGAAAGAAUCCCUGCUGGUUUUCUCCCUGUGUCGAUACCUUACCGCGGUGUUCCUCAAUUCUAGCGUCUUCGGCACCAGCAGCAUUUUGGUGGUCCAAGACACACAGACCGACCUAUUGCAUCGCUUACAGCACGAAGUGGCACAAUUAGAUACUUCAAAGCAAGCGAAAGUCGAAGAAGUCUUGAUGGCCGUUAUUAUGUUCGGCCUCAGUACGAAUUGGGAUUGCUCAAACACUCCUAGUAUAUUCCAUUACAAUGCGGCCGUCCGCAUAUACCGGCACGUUUACCAGGACUCCAAGUCCAACGCCUGCCGCAGUGAUCAUCAGGACUUUUUCGUCCAGUCACUCAUAUACUGGUGGAUGGGGCUUUGUUUCGUCACCGACACGAGGCAGGACUGUCUCCUCGAGCCUCCGUUUGGUGAUCUUAGUGCCGCUGGUACUAGCAGCGAGUCCACGCAGAGCGACAGAAGAAUCCCGCAUCCUCUCACUGGCGUGUCCCCGGAGGCGCAAAAGCUCCUCGGGGACGUGGGCUCCCUGGAAGCCCGAAGGCUGGAAGAAGAAGCCUUAUCGAUGGACUCUCCACGCACUCAUAACUUCUUGGAUUUGGGUGACCCUGACACGCCCUUGGAGGAUCUUGUUCGCACUGCAGAGGUUUAUCGCCUUUCAGCUCUAAUCUUACUCUACAGAACGUUCCCAGACCUGCUGAAUGUGAGACUGAGGCUUGCUGAGGACGCCUCCUCGGAUAGCCAGCAAGCGGAACAGAGAAGACUGCUAUGGCUGACUGCCCUGGCAACUCACGCCCUUCAGAUCGUCUGCCUCAAUGCACCGUGCUCGGGAACGCGCAGUAUCGAAUCCAUCCUCUUGGUUAUUAUUGCUGGGGAACUAAGAAAGCCGCCAUCCUCCGAGUCCGCGGUCCUCCAGCUGUACCAUCAGGACGAUACGACUAACUUCAACUCACUGUUGGAAGAAACACCUCCAGCUCUUGCGGUCAUGAUGGAUUCCGUGGAUCAAUUUGCUGCUCUUCGUGGCUUUUCGCAACAGGGGCUCAUCGACUUGGGUUUUGACGGCUCACUCCGCGAUGCUCUGGGGUUGGACCAUGUUGCCGAGGCGCGCACGACAAUCCUCAGGCGCCUCCAAUCAAUACGUGAGAUCCUGCCAUACAGGUCGCUCGAAAUUGUGGAAGAAAUUGUGCUCACAACAUGGAACAUGGGCGAUCAAGAAAAGUCCGAGGUCUUCUGGAUGGACAUUAUGAUUGAGAAAGGAUGGAGAUUCCUGUUGGUAUGA